CUCUGUACAUUGCGUAUUCACAUUCGCAUGGUCUUUUUUCGAAUCUUAAGAUUAGUCUACAUCUCUUCCUGUUCGUUCACACACAGAACUUGUACAGCACAAUUUUAAAUAGUAUUGCUACAUAAUUACCUUAAUUAUUUAGUACCGGUUGGUAAAAUUUUUCAAUUUUUUUAAAAAUUACUCUGCAUUAAGAAGUAUUUUAUAAUGGACGAUUUUGACAAUUUGUCGUACACAACUGUUACCGCAGCCGCGUCAAUUUAUCUUGGAAAUUGUGCCAUUAACUCGACCCAUUACAACUCUGUGAGGGAUUCUUUCCUCAAAUCUUUCCAUGAUGAUGGAAAAAAGCAUGAAUUUUUAGAAAAAUAUCACAAAUGUGCCACAAAUCAGGAGAGGAUUGAUCUUUUUAGACCCUACUUUAAUUGGACUUCAGUUCCAACAGAAUUUCUAUCAGGAAGGAUAGGCUGGCAAAAGUCUGCCGCGCUAUCGAACGCCUUGCGCCUCCAAGGGGGCGAAGAAAACGACCACACCCACUCGUUACGUGCGUACAACCUCUCCCUCUCCUUCGCUCCGCCCAAUUCUGUCCAAGAAGCUCUUUCAUAUGCGGCCAGGUCUGCAUUAUUUCAGCGAAUCUCGGAAUUCAAGCUUGCUCAAAGAGAUGCACAUCUGGCUAAAUGCUGUGCAUCCUUUUCUGACCUUGAUGACACCAUUAGACACCAAAUUGAGGAGAGGGCGAAAAAUAAUGCGAACGGAGCAAGCAUCACAGGAAAUUUAACACUGGGGAAAGUUCUAUGCGAAGAUAUGGUCGCGAUGAUAAGGAGAAGUCCAAAUUCUGACAAUUUAUUACAUGGCGCAACAAGUGGAGUUGAGCUCAAAGUUGAUCCCAUUGCUGGGAGGAAAUUAGUCGCGACACGAGAUUUUCCAGCAGGAUCACCCCUCCUCUACGAUGAGCCGUAUGUUAUCCUACCCGAAAAUAUUUUAGGUUGGAACACUUCCCGUUGUUCCACCUGCGCCCAACCAAUUCUCGGUGGUGUGCCUGAUCCACUAUCGCCUUUUGCGACCUACUGUUCGGCCGACUGCUUAUCGAAACCCGCCGCACUUCCGGCAACAAUUCUAUCUUACAUUCAGGCCUGCCCCUCUCUACAUCAGGCCCUCCUCCCACUUACCGUCCUCUACAAACUAUCCCGAACUCAAACUCCCACCCAAAGCUCUGUCCACUCGGACCCCUCUCGAUCACACACCUCCAUCUUUAACCUCAUUCAACACAAGUCGAUCCCCUGGAAAUUCGAUUCUUCUAACUCUGUCCCGCCCGAAUUUACCGCCCUAUUCGUUUCCCAGCUUGCCGCCGAACUCACUACAAAUCUCAGCUCUCCCCUCUUCUACCCGGAUCCCGCCCUCCUUCUCCACUUGUUGGAAUCGCUUCCCUACAACGUCGUCACCUUGUCCACCCCGCCCACAAGUCCGGCGGGAGGAGGUCCCUAUGCGACCGGAGUAUUCAGUAGGAUCGCCCUCGCCAACAGCUCGUGCCACCCGAACGCCUUACUUUACAAAAACUCUCGCUCUCCCGUCGGACUUUUAGUCAGCUGUCGCAGAAUUUCGAAAGGGGAGGAGAUCUUGCUCUGUUACAAGAGCCACUGGAGUCGGGAAUCCAUCCAUGAUAGGAGGGCGUGGCUUCUUACCCAUUACAAAUUUGAUUGCGCAUGCGCCGCUUGUCAAAAAGGAUGGGAAGAAAAGGAUAUGCAGUCUGAGCUAGUUUUCCAGGGUGACUUGCUACAAAAGGCGGCUCAUUUUGAAGAGGAUUUCGAACAGGUUAUAGCUCUAGUGGAGGAGGGCGAAUGGCGGGAAGGAUUUGAUGCUGCGGUACGUUGUUGUGAUCAAAGUGGUCAUUUCGAUCCAAGGUGGGACAUGGUCGUCGCGAUGGAAGAAAUUCUAAGGAGGAUAGUUAUUCAAUUACAGGAAAACUAGUGGGAAUUUUUAUCGAUAAUCAAGUACCUAUGUGCGUAUAUCUGUAUGUGCUGAUUUACUUUACGGGAAAAUAAAUAGUGUCAAAAUGCAAUGCAUCGCAAAUUACUUAUAUUUACAUAGAUGAAGAGGUUUAAAAAUCGCAAAUUGAAUACGUGGAGGAAGGGAAAAUUGAGACGAAAAUUCAAAUCCGCAUACAAGACUAGUUGCUAACCUGGAGAUUAUGCAAGCUUUGACAGACAUACAGAUAAAACACUCCAAAAUUGCAAUCUACACGGAGAAUACAACGGUCACACGAAAUCACAGAUUUUAUGAAAAAAUUAACUUUGUAUUAGUGUCCAAUCACAUUGUUUCACGAUUUUCUAAAAUAAAAUAAUUGAACACCGA